UCAUAUCCAAACACAAUUAGAACCAAAUACUACAUUAGUACUAUUUUUACAAAUUGAACUUGUAAUUUUCUUUCUUUCAACCAGAUACAGCCUGAUCGUCUAUUGUCUUUGAAGUUUGAAUUGGCCAAGUGUGGUACCGUGUCAUCAACAGGAAGAGAAUGAGCAGAGGUAUCGACAACAACAAUAGGAGGAAGAAGAAGGCGGAAGACGACGAGGUUGAAGAGCUGCUGCGGGCGGCAGAGGAUGACGUAUUCCUCAAGCUCAGCCUCAAUUCCCAUAUGGCUCGUGGUUCUUCCACCCAAUUCAUCGAUCCAGAUCUCGAUCAACGUUUCCGUGCCCUCAAAUUCAAGCAAACCCCCAAAACCAAAAACCCUAUUCCCCAACAACCAUGUUCAACCUCUACAGCUUCCGAUGUUAACUUGUUUCCCAGAUUUGCAGCUCUCAAAAGCUCCCUUCCCGCUUAUUCUUCUUCGGCUAACCAACAGGCUGCGGAGGAGAAUGAAGAGGAUGACGAUGAAGUUGAGAAGGUGAUUAAGUGGGCCAUUGAUGCUGCUAGGCUUGACCCUUCACCUCCCUCUGACACUGAUGAAGAUGAAAAUAGUGAGGAUGAUGUCAGCUAAGCGGAAAUGAUUUAUGAGUGUGUGUGGUAUUUUUUAUUUUCACCUGGUGUGGUUGCCUCAUAUAUUUGAUACUUACAAAGUCUUUGCAAUGAAUGCAUUCUGUUAUUUCUUCUAAUUGAUGAAUUGUGGCUGGAUGUUUAGAUUUGAAAUUGGUAAGCGCUUGUAUCUAUUGUCAUUCUUAUUGCUAUGCUGAUACUACUUGUUUAUGCUUA